GAAUCUUGACACUGAAGAAUGUUGUGAAAACAAGUGUCAAAUUUAACUGUGACGACCAGGUUACCAAGGUUGCACCGCCACGAGCCUCGGGCCCUUUCGGUGUUCGCCUUCUUGGUUACUACCCCAACUGUAGCUUUCAUGACAGAGCGUGCUGAUACCCUCCAUGUAUCAAGAGCAGAAGUCUGGUACCUCAAGGAAAUCGCGUUUGGAAGCACGGAAACAAAGCGAAGAUUAAAGAUCAUAACACAGAAUUUCAAUGGACCUUGUUCAUUCAUUGCUAUUUGCAAUAUCCUGAUACUGCGAGGGCAAAUUGAGAUCCUGCCGUAUGAGCGGGGAACAGUGUCGUAUGAGUUUCUUGCGCAGCUCGUAGGAGAGUAUCUCCUCAUGAGCUGUCCGGAUAUUGACGUCUCUGCUGCGCUCUCGAUUAUGCCCAGCACCACCAAGGGCCUCGACCUGAACCCUGUCUUCACAGGCGCUACGUCGUUUCGACCUGCAGGGGAAGGUGGCGAAUUGAAAUUGUUCGAGCAGGCAGGGAUAGAGCUCGUGCAUGGGUGGCUUGUUGACCCUGACAGCGAGGAGUACAGGGUGUUGCGGCAUGUGCGUGAUUACGAUACUGCUGUAACACUCAUUGCGGAUGCGGAUCAUAUCACGAGCGGACGGUUGUUGAGUGGGGAUGUGUGGGGUGAAGGAGAAGGAGAGGGAGAGAGUAGCAGUCAAGUGGGGAGCGGCCCGAGUGGCUAUGCGGGCCCGAGUAGUGCUAGCGAUAAUUAUUCGGAGAAAGAUAGAGAGAAGAUCGAACAUGCGCUUGUGACACAAGCGUUCCUGGAUAGUACCAAGUCUCAAUUGACGUAUCAUGGGCUGUUUCAACUUGCGUCUACGUUACAGCCAGGGUCGCUUGUUGCAUUGUUCCGAAAUUCGCACCUUUCCGUGUUGCAUAAGCGAGAGGGAGAGGAUUCGUCGCUUUACAGCUUGGUCACGGAUCAUGUGUUCUUGCAAGAGCCGUCGGUAGUAUGGGAGCGCUUAGAAGAUGUCGAUGGGGUUGGGUCGACGUUCGUGGACUCGGAUUUUGUUCGUUCGACACCUGUGGGGGGCGACUUCGCUGGACAAACGGCGGAAAGCGCAUUGCAUGCCCUAGAGAUGGAAGGAAACCCAGAUGUGAUAUUAGCACGACAACUACAAGCGGAAGAAGAUGCGCGGUCGCAUGAGAUAUAUAAGCGGAGGCAGCAACAGCAGGAGAUUCGACAGAAGGAAGAGGAGGAGCGGAAACGGAAGAAUGAGGAUAAUGCUAGUAGGAAAAGCAAGAAAACGAAAGACAAGUGCAUUAUAAUGUAGAAUGCUAUACCCGAUAAUUUUAUAUGUAUUGCCAUGUCAUAUGUGCCAUGUAUCUGCGUCGGCUUGCGUGUGAGCGAAACAUAAUUGCAACCAAUAGAUUGGAUUGUAAUCAUCAAGAGAAUGAUCAAAAUCAUGAUGCGGAAUGGGAACAAUGCCACAAGA